GAUUGAUCGCAACUAGGAGAUCUCUAGGAGCUCCACUUAGUGCUGGUUAGUUUAAAGUCAACGCCGCAUCCACUACGCGCCGGAGCAACACUGAAAAAAAAACAGACAACUAAUCGCACACGUGUUUGGAUGUUUAUGGUGGCCCAAGUAAAGGUACCGCGAAUAACGAUUAUAGCCACUCGUUUGCGUCACUAUUUUCGGAAUAUGGAGUGCCAGGAUCUGCAGCCACCCGCCACGGUGCGCGGCAUGCAAGAGCUGCAGCGGGAGCGCUUCCAGAAGAGUGUCCAAGUGCCGAGAUUACGGCUGCCCGAGUCGCAAGUGCAGCGUGUGAUGCCGUUGGUUAAGAAACUGCUGCUCAAAAUGGAGCAUUUACAUCCUGUGCGGGCUGUGGACCAGUCCCGGGAGAUCCUGCUGCAUCCUACGCCCGUUAAAGACUGGGAAUCCCUGCCCACGGAAGAGCUACUAAAGCAGGAAGUGACGCAGGAGCAUUUCUCCUUUGCGGAACUCGAGCUGAGCUACGAGAAUUGGAGCGCCAGCGAAAUCCUCAAGAGUGUACUGCCCGCCGAUGAGGAGGGUCUCACCUCCUACUCCCGCAUCGGCCAUAUCGUGCACCUAAACCUCCGCGAUCACCUGCUGCCAUACAAGCAGCUUAUUGGCCAGGUGCUGCUGGACAAGCUGCCCAACUGCCGGACGGUGGUCAACAAGGCGGCGAGCAUUGACAACACCUACCGCAACUUCCAGCUAGAGCUAAUCUGUGGCGAGGCGGUGUAUCAGGUGGAGACCAAAGAGAACGGCGUGCCCUUCGAGUUUGACUUCUCCAAGGUGUACUGGAAUCCGCGUCUCUCCACAGAGCAUGAGCGUAUCGUUAAGAUUUUGAAAUCCAGUGACGUCCUCUACGACGUCUUCGCCGGCGUUGGUCCCUUCAGUGUUCCGGCGGCCAAGAAGCGCUGCCAUGUCCUGGCCAACGAUCUGAAUCCUGUGAGCUAUCACUGGCUGCAACACAAUGCAAAACGGAACAAGUGCCUGGCGCAUAUCAAGAUGUUCAAUAAGGAUGGCAGGCAGUUUAUUGUGGAGGAGUUGCGGGAGGAUCUCUUAAAGCGUCUGCUCACGACAGACACUUCGUCCAAUGCCAUCCAUAUAACAAUGAACCUACCCGCUUUGGCUGUGGAGUUCCUGGACGCAUUUCGUGGGCUCUACAAAGUAGAGGAUCUUGCUGAGUUGCCAGAGAACGUAGUCUAUCCCACCGUUCAUGUUUACUCCUUUGCCAAGGGAGAAAAUACCAAAGUCUUGGUGCAGGAGCUCGCGGAGAAACAUUUAGGAGCCAAUCUAGACGACAGUCUCCUUCAAGGCAUUAGCUUUGUACGGAAUGUGGCACCCAACAAGGACAUGUACAGGGUUUCCUUUCGAUUAAGUCACCAGCUAUUGACCACAUCCAAGGAGGAGUUCCUCACGAGAAAGAGAUGCGCGCAGGAGGAUGACGUGCUCGAAUCUGAUCUACAAAAUACAGCCAACAAAGUGAAAUGUGUUUAAUGUUUAAUAAAUAAAGUAGCUUUCAAUCAAGUAAAACAGUC